AUGGCGGCUACAAGCAAACCAGCAUCAUCAGCAAUCCCGUACCUCUCCUCACUGCCCUUGUUCCAGCCCAACGGUUCGGACGAUGCGGACACUGACGACACCGACUAUGACGAGGUUGACAAAGAUGAUCUGGAUGGUGAUCUGAGCGCUGUGAUUCGUGAGGCCGAGGAAGAGCAAUACCUCGCCGACGAAUUUGGUUCGGAAAACCAGAAGCGCCUGCUCCUGCUCUGGGGACCCUGA